AUGCCCCCGAAGGCUAGACGCAAGGCGAAAGCGUCGGCGAAGCCGGUGGAUCCAGUGAUUAAAGACGCCACUGUCGCUGUCAAGAAGGCAAGAACCGCUCAGCAAUGUCUGGCAGAGAUGGACGAAGACGACCCCAAGGCGGAAGAAGAGUCGGAAAAGGCCUCUGAGGCACUGAUCGAAGCUGUGCGCCAGUUCACCACCGUCACCGACCGCAACAUGACAAUGUCCGUCGCCAGGAAAGUCCGCACUAUUCGCCGUGUCCCCGUACACGAUGCGCAAAUGGUCAAGCUACGGCUAUUAGUCUCAAUUCAACAGGCGCGCAUCCCACAAGCCCAGGAAGCCACAAGUGCACCGUGCACAGAGGGCGAUGUACAUGAUUCGGCCAACGCUGUCGCGGACCUCAGCAGUGCGAUGUUGGGCCUGCAAGUCUCCAAGGCCUGGGCGCCGUCCACCGAGCAUAACGAAGAAGCGCAGAACAAGCGUAACUACCCAUUCAAGUCAUCUCCUCAGGCUCUUGCUAACUCCACUCCAGGCAUGGCGUACCCGAUGAACCUCUCAAGGAACGAGAACGAGCUCGACGACGACAAAUUCACUCCAUACGUUGAGGGUACCAAGAUCCACGAACACGUUCUCGACGACGGAACAUUCCUCUACAUCGACUCUAAGACCGGCCAGCAGGUCAAGGACCAACACGGCACCCCUCUCGAUCUUCCCAAGCAGGCCACUGGAGCCGGUGACGAGACUGCGGCUGAUGUAGGCGAUGAAGAAGGCGAGAAGGAUGGCAAUGGAGAAGGCGAGGAGGAUGACAUUGGUGACGACUUCCAGGCCGCAGACAACGAAGACGCGCCCUCAGGAUCAGGAACAGCCGGUACCGUGGGUCCUGUCUUGAACGCCAAGCCCCCGGCAACAAAGGCAGAGACGCAGGAGUUCUUGGAGAUGGGAGUCUGUGGCGAUUGCAGCGGCGUGACUCCUACUGAUGAGCUUUAUCAACACUGGAGGACGGAAACCAUUAGUGCUGUCGUGCAAUGCAAGGACUGUCGGAAGGCAGAAGACGAGCGCACCAACACUAAAAUCUGCCAUCGUUGUCUGUACCGGUGGAUUCCGAGAUUCUACGUUGAUCCGUCGCAACCAGGCCUUUGCAACCUGUGCACCGGGCAUGACCCUAACCCUUACUAG